UGUUAGCGCCGAAGGAUGAUUUUGAGCGUGAAAUUCAGCAUCUUGCUGCUUCUCUCUGAGCGGCUGCUCAGCACCGCCACUCACCUUUCCAACCAAGUUGUGCUGUUAGACACAACAGCUGCGCUAGGAGAGCUGGGAUGGAAAGCAUACCCAUUAAACGGGUGGGAUGCUAUCCCAGAAAUGGAUGAACGCAACCGACCCAUCCAUACCUACCAGGUGUGCAAUGUGAUGGAACCCAAUCAAAACAACUGGCUGCGGACUAACUGGAUUUCGCGUGAGGCAGCUCAAAAAGUGUAUGUUGAAUUAAAAUUUACCCUGAGGGAUUGCAACAGCAUUCCCUGGGUAGUGGGGACUUGCAAAGAGACAUUCAAUCUAUAUUACAUGGAAUCAAAUGAGUCUCACGGUGUUAAAUUCAAGCAAAAUCAAUACAUUAAAAUUGACACAAUUGCAGCUGAUGAGAGUUUUACUCAGAUGGAUCUAGGAGAUCGUAUACUUAAACUGAACACUGAAAUCCGUGAGGUUGGGCCAAUAAGCAAAAAGGGAUUUUACUUAGCCUUUCAGGAUAUUGGAGCUUGUAUUGCUCUUGUCUCUGUGCGUGUGUACUAUAAAAAGUGCCCAUUCACUUUUCGCAACUUGGCAAUGUUUCCUGACACAAUACCUAGAGUUGAUUCCUCAUCUCUUGUGGAAGUCCGUGGAUCCUGUGUAAAGAAUGCAGAGGAGAAAGACACACCAAAACUUUACUGUGGUGCAGAUGGAGACUGGUUGGUUCCUUUGGGAAGAUGUGUCUGCAGUACUAGCUAUGAGGAAGUGAAUGGAGCAUGCCAUGCUUGCAGGCCUGGAUUCUAUAAAGCUUUUGCUGGAAACACCAAGUGCUUCAAAUGUCCUCCACACAGCUUCACCGAUGAAGAUGCCUCACAAGUGUGUAAAUGUGAUAAAGGUUACUACAGGGCAGAAAAAGACCCACCAACAAUGGCUUGUACCAGACCUCCUUCCACCCCUCGAAAUGUCAUUUUCAACAUUAAUGACUCAUCGCUAAUCCUUGAGUGGAGUCCACCAGUUGAUACAGGGGGACGGAAAGAUCUCACCUACAAUGUCAUCUGUAAGAUGUGUGGCUUAGGCCCUAAGAAGUGCUCGCUCUGUGGAGGAGGCAUGCGUUUUGUACCUCGCAACACAGGCUUGACAAAUACUUCAGUGACUGUUGUUGACUUUCUUGCCCACAUGAAUUACACAUUUGAGAUUGAGUCAGUGAAUGGAGUCUCCAAUGAGAGCACGAUUCCCAGGCAGUAUGCUAUUCUCACCAUAAUCACUAAUCAAGCUGCUCCCUCUCUGAUUAGGUUUCUGAGGAAAGAUUGGGCAUCCCAGAACAGUAUUGGUCUGUCAUGGCAGGAGCCUGAGCAUCCAAAUGGAAUCAUUCUGGACUACGAGAUAAAGUACUAUGAAAAAGAACACGAACAACUCAGCUACUCCUCUACAAGGUCCAAAUCUUCCAGUGUAAUCAUUAAUGGACUGAAGCAUGCUACGAAAUAUGUAUUUCAGAUCCGUGCUCGGACUGCGGCUGGAUAUGGCAGUUACAGUCAGAAGUUUGAGUUUGAAACCGGAGAUGAAUCAUCUGACAUUACCACAGAACAAGGGCAAGUUUUGGUCAUUGCAACUGCUGCAGUUGGAGGAUUCACUCUUCUCGUUAUCCUCACCCUGUUCUUCUUAAUAACCGGCAGGUGCCGCUGGUAUAUUAAAGCAAAAAUGAAAUCUGAAGAAAAGAGGAGAACACAUUUCCAAAAUGGACAUAUCAGAUUUCCGGAGAUGAGAACGUACAUUGAUCCUGAUACCUAUGAAGACCCAUCUCAAGCUGUGCAUGAAUUUGCGAAAGAAAUAGAUCCCUCCAGAAUUCGCAUAGAGAGAGUAAUUGGAGCAGGGGAAUUUGGAGAGGUCUGUAGCGGUCGGCUAAAGACACCUGGAAAAAGGGAAAUUCCUGUCGCUAUUAAGACCCUAAAAGGAGGUUACAUGGAUAGGCAACGAAAGGAUUUCCUCAGAGAAGCUAGCAUCAUGGGCCAAUUUGACCACCCUAACAUUGUUCGUUUGGAGGGAGUUGUAACAAAAAGUAGGCCAGUGAUGAUAGUGGUUGAAUAUAUGGAAAAUGGAUCCCUGGACUCAUUUCUGAGGAAACAUGAUGGACAUUUUACAGUCAUUCAACUAGUGGGAAUGCUUCGUGGGAUAGCAUCUGGCAUGAAAUACCUCUCUGACAUGGGCUAUGUACACCGCGACUUGGCUGCUCGUAAUAUCCUUGUCAAUAGUAACCUUGUCUGUAAAGUAUCAGACUUUGGUCUUUCUAGAGUGCUUGAAGAUGACCCUGAAGCUGCAUAUACUACAACGGGUGGGAAAAUUCCUAUUCGGUGGACGGCUCCUGAAGCAAUAGCCUACAGAAAGUUCUCUUCAGCUAGUGAUGUGUGGAGUUAUGGGAUCGUAAUGUGGGAAGUGAUGUCAUAUGGGGAAAGACCUUACUGGGAGAUGUCCAACCAAGAUGUUAUUUUAUCAAUAGAAGAAGGUUAUCGACUCCCUUCUCCAAUGGGCUGCCCAGGCACUCUUCAUCAGCUCAUGCUUCAUUGUUGGCAAAAAGAACGAAAUCACAGGCCAAAGUUCACAGAAAUUGUUAGUUUCUUGGAUAAAGUGAUUCGCAAUCCCAGCAGCCUUCAGAACCUAGUGGAAGAGGUGCAUGGAUUACCAGAAUCUCCUGGCGAACUUCCAGAGUUCUCUUUAUUUGUCUCUGUAAAUGAUUGGCUGGACUCAAUCAAAAUGGAACAGUACAAGAGCAAUUUCAUGGCUGCAGGCCUCACAAGUUUGGAUUCAGUCACAAGGAUGAGUAUAGAUGACAUAAGAAGAAUUGGGGUCACAUUAAUAGGACAUCAGAGGCGAAUAGUGAGCAGUAUACAGACUUUGAGACUGCACAUGUUCCACAUACAAGAGAAGGGAUUUCAUGUGUGA